AUGGACUUUUGUUCUGCUGAGUCAACUGAGUUGAGUGAGGCUGAAGAGGCUGAAAUAGAGACAAUCAGGCAGCACAAACAGGAGCUUUUGGAGGACAUUAAGAAGUUGAAGGAAGAGAUAGCUGAAGUGUUUGCAGAGAUUGAGCGUUUCCAAAAUGCAAGGGAGAGGCAAGAGGCAGACAAUAAUCCUGGAGAACAGACCAGCAAGCUAUCACAGAGGGAUAAAAUUCUGUCCCUGGGCCGGAAGAAAUUCAACAUGGAUCCUGAAAAGGGGAUCCAGUACCUGAUUGAGCACAGGGUAUUGUCCUCAGACCUGCAGGAGAUCGCCAAAUUUCUCCACAAGGGUGAAGGUCUGAACAAGACAGCCAUUGGGGAUUACCUGGGUGGAAGGGACACCACAAACAUUCAGAUCCUCCAAGCCUUUGUGGCAUGUCACCAGUUUGCCAACCUCAACCUGGUUCAGGCACUGAGACAGUUCCUGUGGAGCUUCCGGCUGCCUGGGGAAGCGCAGAAGAUUGACCGGAUGAUGGAGGCCUUUGCCAACUGGUACUGCAAGUGUAACCCAGGAGUAUUCCAGUCCACAGAUACCUGUUAUAUACUCUCCUUCUCUAUCAUCAUGCUUAACACCAGCCUGCACAACCCCAAUGUGAAAGACAAGCCUCACUUUGAAAGGUUUGUAUCCAUCAACAGAGGCAUUGACAAUGGAGGGGACCUGCCAGAAGAGCUCUUAAAGAAUCUGUUUGAGAGCAUAAAGAAUGAGCCAUUCUCCAUACCGGAGGACGACGGCAAUGAUCUCACCCAUACUUUCUUCAACCCUAACCGUGAGGGCUGGCUGCUGAAACUAGGAGGACGCGUGAAAACCUGGAAACGACGCUGGUUCAUUCUGACCGAUAACUGCCUGUACUACUUUGAAUAUACCACGGACAAAGAGCCCCUGGGCAUUAUCCCCUUGGAGAACCUAUCAGUCCGGAAAGUAGAUGAUCCCAAAAAGCCAAACUGCUUUGAACUCUUCAAUCCCAACUGCAAAGGGCAGAAGAUCAAAGCCUGCAAAACAGAUGGGGAAGGGAAGGUGGUUGAAGGCAAGCAUCAGUCCUACAAGAUAUCAGCAGCCACACCAGCAGAACGUGAUGAGUGGAUUGAGGCAAUACGGACCAGCAUCACACAGGAUCCUUUCUAUGAUCUGGUCUCUGCCCGGAAGAAAAAGAUUGCCAGCAAAAACUGAACCCUGACCUGGUCACUGACAUCGGGAAGGUGUAGGUUGUUGGACAGCUUCCGUCUCACACUGGGCUCUUCCAGUGAAGACAUUUGGGAGCAUUGUUUCCCUCUGCUUCCCACUUGGCAGGAAGAUGACUGACAGGACAGCUUGCCAGGUUUUCUUCUUC